UGUACAUUGAUCACACCUAUGUAAUAUCCGCACAUGUUCCAGUGUUAUGUGUGAUAUAGAGUGAAUGUUAUGUGAGAGUAAUGCUGUGAUAAAAAGUGACACAAGAUGGUUUUGGCAAAAAUUAAUGUCAUGUGGAAGGCUCUUGCUAAAAACAUUUACAUAAUAAAAAUACUUCUAUUGACUGUGAUACGUCACUAUUUACCCGGCCACAGAAAAGUAAUAAAUAUAUACAAAAGAUUAAAAAACGUAGAAGGGCCAGUUGUAUCUACAACCAAUGGUAAACUUCGGGGAAAAGUAGGAACAGCCUUUAACGACCGGUUAUUCUACAGCUUUCAAGGAAUACCUUAUGCUAAGCCUCCUUUAGGUGCCCUCAGAUUCAAAGCACCACAACCUCCGGAGCCAUGGACAGGUAUCAAAGACGCUACUCACGAAGGAAAUGAUUGUGUGUCUCGACAUACAGUUUUAAGAACAUUAAUUGGUAGCGAAGAUUGUUUGACACUGAAUGUCUACACACCUGAGCUACCAACAAACCAAAGAAAUGAUGAUUUAAAACCUGUGAUGUUUUGGAUUCAUGGUGGUGGCUUUACUUCUGGCUCAGGAAGCACGGAAGCCUAUGGUCCUGAAUUUAUAUUGAUGGAAGAUGUUGUGCUGGUCACAAUUAAUUAUCGUACUGGAAUUUUAGGUUUUCUGUGUUUCGAAGAUCCGGAUCUAGACAUUCCAGGAAAUGCAGGAAUGAAGGAUAUGUUAAUGGCACUGCAGUGGGUCCAUGACAAUAUAAUCCACUUUGGUGGAAAUCCAAAUAAUGUAACAAUAUUUGGAGAAAGUGCAGGUGCAGCUGCAUGCCAUUAUUUAAUUUUAUCUCCAAAGGCCAAGGGUCUUUUCCAUAAAGCUAUCCUCCAAAGUGGUUGCGCUAUAAAUGUUUGGGCUAAAGGACGAUCGUACACCGAAGAAUUAUCUGAAGUGCUAGGACUGGAAACUAGAGAUGACCAAAGUGUUUUCAAAGCAAUUCAAGAUUUACCACCAGAUCAGUUAUACAAAGCCGCUGAAAAGAUGUGUGAUGUAAGUGAACCAUUUAUUGCUUGCAAAGUUAGACCCCACGGUCCGGUAGUGGAAAGAAAGUCAAAAGACGCUUUCCUUUGGGAAAAUCCUCUGGAUAUAAUGAAGUCUGGAAGGUACAAUCAUGUUCCGAUUAUAAUCGGGUUUACAACAAGAGAAGGAAUAUUAGGCGAAAUUGUACAGAAGCCGUACCCCUUUAGACCGAUAACCAAUUUUGAACUCAGUGUUCCACAUUUUCUAAAAAUUGCUCGUGGUUCUGAGCUUUCGAAACAACUAGCUGAAAAAAUCAAAUUGUUCUACUAUGGUGACGAAGAACCGACAACGGAAAAUAAGGACAAAUAUUACAUAUUAGAAACGGAUAACUUUUUCCUGCGAGAAAUAUUAACUACGGUGAAAUAUCACGAACAAAAUUCAUCAGAUUCUGUUUAUUUGUACAGAAUGUCGAGUGAAACCUCCCUGAACAUGUUAAAAAAAAUUUAUAAUAUGACUGAACCAGGUGUUUGUCAUGGUGAUGAUAUUGGAUAUUUAUUUAAAAAUUUACUAACUCCGAACAUAGAGCCUGGAAGCGAUGAAGAUAUUGGCAUGAGAAGAUUUGUACAUAUGUGGACAAACUUUGCCAAAUAUGGUAACCCGGUGCAAGAUGACAACACUUCAACUGUUGAUGUUAAAUGGAAACCUGUUACACAAAGCGAACUACAUUUCUUGGAUAUAGGAAAAGAGCUAACCAUGGAGCUGAAUCCAGAACCAGAAAGAAUGGAAUUUUGGAGCAACCUUUUCGACAUUUAUUAAACCCUAGAAAGAUUUAAUGAAGCUGGAAGUGUUAAAGAACAUCCAAACCUAGCAGGCAAAAAACUGUUACGGAUGAUGAAAAUGCCCUUAAUGUCCUCAUAGACGCAACAGAAUAUCUCAAAACGUCAGUGCAACAAUUAGCGCUGAAACGCAAUGUUAGUAGAUAGAAAAUAUCAAUUCAAACAAGAAUGAAAAAGGAAAAGUUUCACCUAUACAAAAUUCAUUUGAUACAAUUGUUUCGAAAUAAACCCAUACGCCGCCCCGAUACGACGCCUAUGGAUUCUCGAGCUUUCUAAUACGCACGGCGUUGAUGGGUGAAUCAUCUGUCAGGAAGUCCCAAAGUCGCGAUCGCACAAGUAUGGGUUUAAAUAGAGGCCACCUUCGGGAACGAUUAUUAUUCAGCUAGUAGAGUCAAGAGACGUUGCGUCGGAAUUAUUUUAUAAUAGUUGUUAGUCGUAUAAUUCGGGUUAUUAAGAAAUAAAUUGUUAAGUUUUA